UAUAUCUCCAAGUUGAGUCUAAGUCUUUGAGGAGACAAUGGCCUGCACAGCCAGGAAUGACUCGAUGGUUUUGGAGAGAGAACCUCUACAACUAAAUCAAGAAUCACCUGCGGAAACAAAACCCAAUCACGAUGAGGCAGAACAGGUAGAGUUAUCUCUCCUGAUAGAAAACCAGGCCCCUAAAAGCAAUGGAAAAAAUGUUACAAGUUACGCAAUAGACCCUGCAUACCACAACACCACUGAAAACCCAUACAGAGAAACCACUGUGACAGUACCCCACCUCGUGAAAAAAGUCCCAGAAGAUGAUCUGACACCCCCACCCUGGAAAACCUUCAACCAGAUUUUGAUCAUGUCAUACGUCAGUGUAUUUUUCUGUCUUUGUAUUGGGGUUUUCGCCAAUAGGGAGGCUUGGAAAGCUAAGAUGUAUAAUGGGAAAGGUCUGUAUGGCUUAGCCCAGAAGAGGGCCAAACGGGCAGUUAUAAUCAGCUACAUCGCUGUAGGAGGGGGAUUUAUUAUGAUUUUACUAAUUAUACUUGCAGUGACAGGUGCUUUGUAAAUCUCCUUUUAUCCAGGAUUAUGGUUCACUCAUUUUUUUAGUGUUAUUUGUAUAUUGGUGCAUAAUUUAUAUUGUAGAGGCAUAC